AUGUCGAUGGCUGAGAGGCAGCUGGUGGGCGUGUACAGCGCCUUUGGUGGAUGGUGUUGGGGAUGGAUGGCCGGGGUGGCGUCACCUGGGGAGAAGAGGAAGGGCUCUUUCCAGCAGCAGCGCCGGGUCACCUCCUCGGAUAGGGGAUGGCAGGGGAUCGUUGAUGAGCGAGAAAUGUGCAUGUCGGAUGUUAAUGUCAUUUCUGUUGUUGCUCGUGCUAUUGAUGGGGUUGGGAGGAUUGGGGUGGCCGCAGUCGUCCUGAGCAGGUGCCCCUUUCCUGGGCUCACGGUGCACAUGUCGAGCAGUGACACUUGCGGGCUAAGCCGGCUAGGCCUCACUGCUGCGGAUUCCAAGGUGAUCCUUGGCCAACUGAGCCACUCGGGUCGCAUUGCUGGUUGGGCCUUCGCAACCCUGCGCUGGCAAUCGCCUGCCCUGGGCUUGACGGCUCUGAAUGAGCACAUUUGGGUGGAGGCCAGCAAGGCCAGGUUUUGGAGUGAGACCGCCCCUUGCAACUCGAUAUCAGACGUGCUGGAGCCGUUGCAACCGCAGGCUAUGGCGACCAACCAACCUGGCACAUUCCCCCCUGCAGUCAACGGCGGCCCGCUUGCAACUGAUGAUAGCAAACGGUUGGAGUUUGAGACAUGCAUGGAGGUGCGACUAUCGGCUGCGCGAGCAGAGGCAUCCAAGGAUAUCCAGAGCCGCAAAUUAUGA